UAACCAUGGACGACCGCACCAUAGACCUGAUCUUCGCGGGCUCGCUCAAGUUGCUUCCACCGGUCAGCUCCAAGAUCGUGAGGAUCUUCACCAGCUCUACCUUCACAGACACCACGAUGGAGAGGAACACACUGAUGGCCAAGUGCUACCCUCGUAUCAAGGACUACUGCAGGGAGAAACAUGGACUGGAGUUCCAAGUGGUGGACAUGAGAUGGGGUGUCAGAGACGAAGCCACAGACGACCACAUGACCACAGAGCUGUGUAUGAGGGAGAUCAAGAACUGCCAGCGGUUGUCCAUGGGACCCAACUUCGUGGUGUUUCUGGGACAGAAAUAUGGUUACAGGCCCAUCCCCACCUACGUCCUCUCAUCCGAACUCCAAAUGCUGCGAGAUGAGCUUGCAGCAGGCGGAGUCGACGUCAUCCUCCUCGACACUUGGUACAAAAAGGACUCUAACGCCGUGCCCCCUGUGUCGGUUCUGCAGCCCAUCUCAUCUAUACUGAUCAAUUUCAACAACAAGAGAGUACCAAAACUCCAAGCAGAGGACCAGGCAGUCUGGUGGGACACGCUGUGCAAGAUGCAGAAGCUGUUUCGCAAGGCCUCGUCCCAGCUGUACGCUGCUGGCAAGAUGGAUAAAGACGCCAUGCACAACUACUUUAUGUCUGUAACGGAGCGCGAAGUAAUCAACGGGGUGCUCAAUGUGAAGAACACCAAGAACCAUUGCUUAGCAUACGUGCGGUACAUCAACAACAUCAACCUUCAGAACCUGAAGAAGGCCAGCAAUUUCGUGGACAUCCUCAACCGGAGUUUGGAUUCAGAGGCUUCUAAGUUAUUGGCAGAUUUGAGAGAUGUCAGACUGCCAGAGAAGAUUGAGACGACUAAUAUACAAAAAUACACAGUCGAGUGGAUCGGCCGUGAAGGUCUGGACAACGAAACCCACGGAGAAUACCUCAACCACUUCAUUACCCAUUUCUACAAGAACAUCAUCAAACUUGUAGACCGAGCCAUGCGUAAAGAGGACAGCAGCGCCCAGGGCCAGAUCGUGACGGAGAUCCUUCAGCACCUGCAUGCCUGCAACAAUUCCGUCAAGGUGUUCCACGGCAGAGACGACGAUUUGAAGUUCGUGGAGAACUACAUGAAGAACAGCUCUGAGAAACCCCUGGUGCUGUAUGGAGAAGGUGGCUGUGGCAAGACCAGUCUGCUGUCCAAGAGCGCAGCCAUGUGCCUGGACACCUGGUUCGCUGACGUCCGUCCCACCAACAUCAUAAGGUUUCUUGGAACCACGCCAGAUUCCAGUGCUCUGACUCCUACGCUGAUAUCAAUUUGUCAACAGAUAUCAUACAACUUCGCUCUACCCUUCGAGGGCAUCCCAGAUGACUUGGUGCCCCUCACGGCACACUUCAAGCAGUUGCUGACGAUGGCCACACAGCAACAGCCACUGCUGCUCUUCAUGGAUUCGGUUGACCAGCUGACUGGAAUUGGCACUGAAAAUAAUAAAGUAUCGUGGCUGCCUACGAGGUUGCCACCGCAUUGUAAGAUAAUAGUGACCUGUGCUCGCGAGGAGGCCAACCCUGAGGUGUCGAAGGAGUACGAGGUGUUGCGGCGCAUGAUAGACUCCGACGAGAACUUUCUAGAAGUCACGGCACUUGGGGAGGAACUUGCUAUGCAGGUGUUGAAAUUAUGGAUGGCAUCAGCUGCUCGCGACUUGAACAAUUACCAGUGGAGGCUGGUCUCCAACGCCAUCGCCUCUUGUUCUCUGCCCAUCUUCGUGAAGCUGGUUUUUGCUGAGGUAUGCAGAUGGAGAAGCUAUACCAAACCCACGGACACUCAUCUGGCAUCAACUGUUAUGGACUCCAUUAUGAUGCUGUUUGAAAGGAUUGAAAAGCAGCAUGGCCGCCUACUCGUCUUCCACGCUCUGGCGUACAUCACAGCAGCCCGCAGUGGUCUCUCGGAGACGGAACUUGAGGAUCUGAUCAGUUUAGAUGACAAAGUUCUGGAUGAUGUGUACCAGUACCAUCUGCCUCCUGUGAGGAGAAUCCCUCCUUUAUUGUGGACCAGAAUUCGCAACGAUCUGCCCAACUACUUGUCUGAGCGCGAAGCAGAUGGAGUCUCCGUGAUGAACUGGUACCACAGGCAGUUCCGCGACACAGCGCGAGAGAGGUACUUCAAGAAUAUGAACAUGGCCAUGUACUUCCACUCCAUGAUCGCCGACUACUAUCUUGGUAUCUGGGGUGGCGGAAUCCCCAAGCCGUUCAAAUACACUGAGAUCCAGCGGCACCGCUUCAACCUGGCCGACAGAGAGGGGGUGGCUGACAGGAAGGUCCCCCUCCAGCCGCUGGUCUUCAUGUCCGCUGAUGGAGCUAACAAGAGAUAUAAUUUGAGGAAGUUCGGCGAGCUGCCCUUCCACCUGGUCCGUUCCAAGCGAUUCACCGACCUAUAUGCUGAAGUCCUGUUCAACUACGAGUGGCUGCAUGCUAAGUUGAACUGCUGCCCGCUGCAGGCCGUGCUGGCUGACUUUGAGGAUGCCAAGCUGCACGUCAAUAAGGACGCUGUGAGAGAGCUAAUGCUGGUAGCAGACGCCCUCCGCCUCGGAGGUGCCAUCAUCGGGACCUACCCCAACAUGCUAGCACCUCAACUAGUCGGUAGACUCCUACCCGAGGCCCACCAGAACCCAGCAGUAUCGUCUCUCUUGAAGCAGUGUCACAAUAAAGGGAAGAAUCACUGCGCCUUGCUGCCCUCGCAUCAUUGCCUGCACACGCCUGGUGGACCUUUGAAGUACUCCCUCGAAGGUCAUCAGUUCGCAGUCUUCGCGUUCCGUCUCAGCUCGGACAAGCGUUACGUAGUUUCCAUCUCCAGCCGCGUCAUAUCCUGGGACCUGGCCACGUCAGACUUGGCCAGAGACCUGUGCCCACAGCUGGAGGGCAUCAUGCAGAACUUGGAGCUGUCGCCGGAUAAUAAGUGGGCUGCUGCUGCUACCAAUAACUCUGUGUCAGUGCUAUUGAACAUGCUGACCAGUGAAUACAUCACCAUCGACAACCCUCUAGAAGAAGGUGAAACAGUUCGAGGGGUGUCAGUCCUCAACCAUCACCUGGUGAUCUACGGACCAAGGUCCUGGGUGCAGUACAGCACCAGAGGAGAGAUCGAGCAGACCCUGCCUGCACCAGAGACUACGCCCUACGAUGACGUGAACUGGGAGAUACUUUCCAUUGAAUUCCGUGACCUGGAAACCUUUGUCCUCGUGAUGUGGAGUGGGGACCUGGACGAGGAUCGUCUUCUGAUCCAGUUCAGCAAGGCUGGGGUGUGGAUGAAGCCUCUGAGAUGCAGGGGCGCCUUCGCCAUGAACAAGUAUUGGACUCGCAUAUACACCAGCGACCCGGAUAGAGGGUAUCAGAUAUCAAUAUUUGAGUUAAACGAAGAAGAAGGUUGUUGGCUGAAGGUGGAGGAACUAAACCACAGGGAGACUGACACGGCUGAAGCAAUGCUGCAGCUCAAGAGAGGGAAGAAGGACAAAAUGCUGCUUGCUACAACAACAUACAGCUUUGUGGUAUGGGACUUCGAACAUGUGAUACCAAGAGACAAGCAUGAAUUCGAAGAUAAGAAGAAGAAAAAACCAGAAAACGAGUAUAUUUUCAUGAAGAAAGAAGAAGAAGAGGAGGAGAAACAGGAUGAGCCAGAAAAAGACCUCCGACUGGAAGGGAUCGUGCUGAAACUACCGCACACAAUUCGCAACAUCUCCACCAAGAUGACCCUUUCAAACUCCUUCAUGAUCAGCAACAAUAACACCUAUGCUGUCGCUGGCGUUAGAAAGAACCUCUACGUCUGGAGCCUGGAGACCACCAAGCUGAUCAAAGUCCUAGACGCGCACUUUGGCAGGAUCGUCCAGCUGGAACCACUGACCGUUGGUUCCUGGAACAACGUCAUCACUUCGUCCAUAGACCGCACCGUCAAGAUCUGGAACAUAGAUAAUAUCUUCGAGCAAGUCCAUAAGAUCGACCGGCAGGAGCUGCCGAUUGAUUCCAUCACCCUUGCAAGAGACAAGCAGCUGGCAGCAACCGUAACCAGAAGCUGCUGGGGCCUCUGGGACACCAGCACUGGGAAACUCCUCGCCCAGCUAGCCGAAGCCCCGCUAGGGGCGAUCGUGACGCAAGCGGUUAUCACCCCAACUGGGGACAACGUCAUCACGGCCGAGUCUGGGAACGUAGUCAUUUGGGACACUCCUGAGAAACAGGUAAUAUUCAAAGAAGAACAGCGGGGAGUGAAGCAAAUCCUGCUGCUGGAAGAUGGCUUGAAGUUCAUCACCAUCUCCAUGAAGAUCACUCCUGACAACGUGGAGACUGUCGUUAAUGCUACAAUCGUGACCAGAACUAUACCAGAGGGUGAGAAGAUCUACACCGUAGACUACGAGGUCCGCGGGAUGGGGUACCGCUCUGCAGUCGUAUCGGCCGAUGAGCACCACCUCGUGACUCCUGGAGUGGACAAGUCCUUGAGAGAGUGUCUCCACGUCUUCCAUGCUAAGACUGGAGCUAGAUUGCACAAGAUCCCAGUGAAGAACAGCGGCAUCAAGGACAUGCAGUCGAUCGUGGCGCUGCCCCACAAGCCGCUGUGGGUCGCAGUAGUCGGGAAUGACAAGGCCGGCAUCAUAGACAUCAAGACUAAGAGGCACAUCAGAUUCGUGCCACGCUGGAACGGCGCGUGCACCAAAGAUGGAAAGAUCGGGCUCUGCGCGCCCUCGCGAGGAGGGCUCGACCUCAUAGAACUGAAGAGAGGCACCUCCGUCCAGCCCCUCAUCUCUAGGGCAGCAGAGGGGGUGUUUUCCAUCAUUACCAUGUUCAGUUCUACUGACAAGUAUGUGUUCUACUACCACAGCGGACGGAAGACAUUGAGAGUUUUCAGGACAAUAGACGGCAAAGCAAUAGCCGAGUACCGGGCCCCAGCAGAAGUGACCGGCGUCGCAAGCGCACACGGGGGCAAGGCGCUAGCUAUUGCGUCACAAGAUGGCUGCCUCACUGUGCUCGACAUCGUCGAUCCGCACGAGUAGAUUGUAGAAUAACUUCUGUAGAUUGCACCAGUAGACGCACUAUUGUAACACCAGGUAUGAUUUUAAAGUGUUUCUAGUUUUCGUCUUCAAACUAAAUAGGUAAAAG